ACUACACUGUUACCAGAGAGAGAGAGAGAGAGAUAGAGAGAGAGAGAGAGAGAGACAGUUAAGCCACUUCAACCACGCCUUUAAGAGUAAAUAAUCCACAACAGAGGAGACUGGGUGCACAGGAUUUUGCCCAAAUAGCCUUGCUUGAGUUUUUUCAAAGGGAAAGUGCUUUUAUUUUCAUCUUUGGGAAGAGGGACUCUGUGGAAUCGAGCAGCGGUGAGAUUGCGCUGCCAGCUUUUCUGUGCGUAAAAUAAAAGUUUAACACACCAAGGAGAUUAUUUGAGAGGUCGGGGGAGCUUUGCAAACUCCACAUUACACUCUCCGGGAAUUGUAAAGCUCAUAUCGGACGCCCACUGGAGGAGGAUAUAUAACUUUUCAACACGUCUUUGUUUUGUGGAGAGGCUUGGGUGACUGGUCGGUCUAACGGAGAGCGGAGGAAUCCUCUUCGCUUUGCCGGGAGGAGUGCGCGCAGCGCUGGGUAGCAGACAGACCCAAAGGACGGCACAUCGGAGACAAGGUUAUGACGGAACUGAGCUGAACAUGGAGCUUUUCUGGAUUUUCUUAUUUUCUAGUGUCUAUCCUCUUGCCUGGGGCCAAGGAGUUUACGCUCCAGCCAAUGCCCAGAUCGUGCACUCAGGCGCAGCAUGUAACGUCAAGGAUGAUAACAUCAGCGAGAGAAUCUACACCAUCAAAGAAGGAGACACACUAGUGCUUCAGUGUAUUGUUAAAGGACACCCACGACCACAGGUACGGUGGACAAAGACGGCAGGCAGUGCAUCAGACAAGUUCCAAGAAACAUCCAUCUACAACGAGACUCUGCGCAUCGAGGGCAUCCAGAGGGUGCAGGGGGGUCGCUACUACUGCAAGGCCGACAACGGGGUGGGGGUGGCUGCCAUCAAGUCCAUCCGCGUAGAUGUGCAAUACCUUGACACACCAGUUCUGACGGUGCACCAGACCAUCAGCGAUGUGCGUGGCAGUUACUACCAGGAGAAGACGGUGUUCCUGCGCUGCACCGUCAACUCCAACCCUCCCGCACGAUUUAUCUGGAAACGUGGGAGCAUGCUCAUCGAACAGAGCAAGGACAACGGAGUGGACAUCUAUGAGCCACUUUACACCCAGGGUGAGACCAAGGUGCUGAAGCUGAAAAACCUAAGACCCAAGGACUUUGCUGAUUACACCUGCCAGGUGUCCGUGCGCAAUGUGUGUAACAUCGAAGAUAAGUCGGUCACUUUCAGGCUCACAAAUGCUACCACUCCCCCAAUGAUCCGGCUGUCUGUCAACGACACGGUGGUGGUGGAUCCCGGGCAGGAUGUGCUCUUAACCUGCGAGGUGACUGCAGGUUUCCCCCUCCCCACUGUGACGUGGUCGCGUUACCCCGGUCCGCUUCCCCUCAGCGCGCAAGUUCGAGGGCCAACACUGAUUUUGCGGGCGGUCACGCCGGCCGACGCGGGCUUCUACAACUGCUCGGCUGUCAACAAUGUGGGCAACCCUGCGCGCAAGAACGUCAAUCUGGUUGUCAGGACGAUGGGCAACCUGACCUACCAAAUUACACCAGACUCCAACAAGGACAGCGAGACCAUCCAAAUGGGUCGGGACCUCAAGCUGUCGUGCCACGUCGACGCCACCCCACAGGACAAGGUCAACUACACCUGGUACAAGAACGGUGCACCUGUCUUCAACUCGGAUAGCCUGAUCCUGCUGCGCAGCGACCCCGACAUGGCACCCGGCACCAGCAGCUUGGAGAUUGUGGACAUGAAGUUCAGAGACUUGGCUACCUACAGCUGUGUGGCGAACUUCCCAGGCAGCAGGGUCCCGGAGCUCCGUGUGGAUGUCAACAUCUCUCAGAACAGUGUCUCUCCUCCGGUGCUGUCGGUCCCGUCAGGAGGUCAGAUGGUCAUUGUGCGAGAGAGAGGUAAUGCUGAGCUGGUGUGCUUAGUGGUGGAUGGCAAACCACGUCCACCUAUACUAUGGUCACGGACAGAGAAGGACCUGCUGAUGCCAUCAGGGCAGACUGUGGUGGAGACGCCCGAUGGCCGCUUGAGGCUAAGAAAUGUCAGCCGGGACAUGAUGGGGACGUAUCGGUGCCAGACUGCUCCAUACAACGGGCUUAACAUCAAACGCAGAGAGGCACAGGUCCAACUCAAUGUGCAGUAUCCUCCCAUAUUGGACCCAGUCUUCCAGGACAUGCGUUCCAGGAACUAUCAGAUGGUGACCCUGCGGUGUACGGUCCUACGGUCCAACCCGGCACGUCUGACAGACAUCCGCUGGUUCCGUAAUGGCGAUUUCAUUCGAAUGCCGAUGCCGGACCUUAAGGAGACGCCAGAGCUGAAGUUCAAGCUGGAACCUACCAACAACGGCUCUUAUGAGUGCCGAGUCAGCAAUACUGCAGGAACAUCAACAUGCACAUUUAAUGUCUCUGCACAACCCUACAAUGCUGAGUUUUACUUUGACACACCCAACCCAGUCCGGAUUCUGAAAGGUAACAACUAUUCCUACAAUCUGCAGUGGACACAGAGAGAUCCUGAAGCCACAGACCGUAUCAUAGGCUACUCGAUUAUUGUCCGAAAGAACAAGCAGAACCUGCUAACGAAGCAAAUAGACCUCAAGGGUAAGGAGCCAGAGAAGGGUGUGCUGAUAUCUACCACCAUAUCAGACCUGAGAAUCCCUCUGUCCUACGAGGUCCGACUGGUCCCCAUCACCACCUACAACACUGGGGAAUAUGUCAGUCGCAUCAUCCAGUACUCAGAACCCUACACCUACCCAAGGCCUUCAGACCAUGUGUGUGGUUUUGAGGAUGAACGGAUCUGUGGUUUCUCUCAAGAUCGGAGUGACAUCUUUGACUGGACGAGACAGAAUCACCUGACGCAGAAUCCGAAGCGAUCUCCCAACACAGGCCCUGAGACUGACCGCAGUGGAACUAAGGAGGGUUACUACAUGUACAUCGAAGCAUCGCGACCACGCGUUCAGGGAGACAAGGCUCGUCUGCUGUCUCCGCUUUUUAAUGGGACCUCAGUCAGAGGCCCCAAGGGCUCCGGCAGAGUACCGUACUGUGUCUCCUUCUACUACCACAUGAAGGGCAAACACAUCGGCACUCUCAAUGUGCUUCUGAGAGUGAGAAGCAUUGCCUCUGUGGACUCGGUGAUAUGGACGAAGUCCGGUCAUCAAGGCCCGGACUGGAAGAAAGCGUUCUUCGACAUCAGCCCCAGUGGACCCUUCCAGAUUGUGUUUGAAGGAGUUCGAGGCCAGAGUUUCGAAGGGGAUAUUGCCAUUGACGACGUGUCCAUCACCUUAGGGAAGUGCAAACAGGAGAACACUGUAGCCAGCGCAGGUAAGACAGUUCUGAUCGGUGGAUCGCACUCACUCCCACUGGCCAGCUGGCUGACCUUUGGCCUCUCCUGCUUCCUGUCGCUACUCUACAGAUGAUGAGCACUCCCCGCAACACCUUCACCUGUCUGCUCUGACAGACACUGCCCUGACUCGCGCUCUUCUACUUCUCUCUCCACCCUUCCCCUUGUCCUUCCCUCCACUUACCUGUCUGUCCUCUUCACUCGUCGUCUUUCUAUCCUUCAUGCAUCCAUUUCAUCCAUCUUGCUUAGAUAGAUGGUAAAACAAAGCCACAAAGUGUUGACUAGUUUCUCCUCCUCCGCUUUCUUUGAACAUUUCGUCCCCAGACAUUCAGUAUAGCCAACUGACACUCGUACCAUAUUUAAGGUGAACAUACUUAAUGAUCUUCGACAGAUGAACUUAACAACAUUGAUCUGAUUAGACUCACGUUAUCCAUGUCAGCGUUUCACUUUGUCACCUUUUCCUGCCCUUUAUCAACCCUCUUCGUCCAUACUCGCACCCUCUCAUGUACAUCCGUUCCCUCGAACCGCAAUCCUCGACAGCCCCUCCACCUGAUUCCCGAGACACACCAAAGUGUCGGACACUCUACCAAAGAUGACAAAGGACCUGAGGGAAUAAAACGAGGGAACAGGGAUUCCAGGAAGAAAGUAAUAGAGAGAAAGUGGGGAAAAUCCUUCUUUUUUUUUUUUACAGAAACUGUCUCCCUUCUGUCCCAACCUUUGGGACCAUGGGAGCUACUGAAUGACAAAGAGACAGAUGACAACAAAAAAAAAAACUGAUGAAUGAAUGAAUGGAUAAACAAAUGAAUGGCGAGGAAAGGACAAACCAGAAACAGAGGGAAAAAGAAGGGUGCUCCUGGUAGCCUCUCUGCUUGCCCUCUGCUUGCCACAAGAGACGAACCUCAGUGCGGAUUAUACGUGUACAUUUAUCUAUAUAUAUAUUAAAUAUAACAAAGUUCAAACUAAAACACAACUAGGACAGUGGAGGACUUUACAAAGUGAAAUUAAAGAAGCACAACGUUUAUACAACCUCUACUGUUCCUUUGGGUUUUAUUCUACUUAUUAUGUGAUGUUGCAAUUUGUCAGACCUACUCAAUGUUUUUGAUAUUUUGCUUUCUUGUUUUGUUUUGUUUAUGGCGUUAUAAGGGUCAAAGGCAAUGGGUAAUAAAGUAUUAUAUUAAUAUUUAUGAGAGGAAGAGAAGAUGAUUUUGUGGUCCAGAGCCUGAAUUGAGCAUGUGGAGGGAAAUGAGAGGAUGACCCAAAGCCACCUGGAUAGAAACCUCAACUUCUCUUCGCACAAACAGUACAGUACUGAACACACACACUCAGUUCUCCUCGAUGACAUCACAGUCUGGCUCUCAGCUCACCCUCUGCCUCAAAUACAUGUCUCAUCUGCGAGUGACAAAGAAGGAAAACCAACGGCUCAUAGAUGCAAUUUUCAUAUUUCUGCUCCCUUUUCAUAAUCUUCCCGUCACUAGACAUCGUGACUCAGAUGUCUGGAGUUAUCAGCCACAACAAAAUAGCUGGACAUGUCUCUAAUGAGGAAGAAGGAAAAAGUGGUGUUUUACGGGAGGACAGGAAAUAGCCUGGAGUUCAGUUGAAUAUAAGAUGAGAGCGCUUCUUUCUCCACAGGUUAUUGAAUGUCAUGUAUGAAUUUCCCAUACACUUAUAAAUGAAAGAUGGAGAAGACUGUCAGUAUCUGGCAGGUGUGAAGUGUGUUUUGCAUAUCAGAUUCUCUGUCAUUGUUUAAUUAAUGUUGAAUGUCUGUAGUGUAAACAAUUUUCAUAAUCACAUAGAUAUGAUUGUUAAAGUUAAGCAAUACUCAUAUCUAUAGAUCUAUAUACAAUAGUUUAUGAUUGCAUUUAAGAUCGCAGUUCAGUCUGCGAAAAAAAAAAACAUUUAAUCCAAAAUACAUGAUACUGGCUACUUCUCUCAUCUUUUAUCAGUUCUGAAUGAUUAUUACCAGUGUAUUCGCCAUUCAUGCAGUUCACAAAAUAUCCAUUGUAGCCAUUUACAUCAUUCAGAGGAUAGUGUGUCUGCAUUUUGCUGCAUCAUGUUUCAACCUGUCUCAAGAAAAUUCCACAUUCACCCGUCACACUGCUUCAGUAACUGAUAUGCUUGUGUAUGCUGAUGAUUGCCAUGUGCGUUACAUGUGAAUCAGUCUUUUCAACACCUCAUGUACUUUUGUCUGUGUCUUGUCAUGUUGAGUUUAUCAUUACGCUUGUUUUUUCUUUGUUUUAUUGUCUGUUUUUAUUUUCUUUAUCGUGGUUGGUACAGAUUGUAUUAAUAACUGUUCAGUCAUAAAUAGUACAUAACAAUACAGAAAUGAUGUGCCUAUUUGAUUUGCCCAGUCUGCUGUGGGAGGUAAUUUCCAUGUUAAGCUGGCACUGAUGGUCACUGUAUGUGUAGACAUGUUGGACAACUCUGAAUAAAACGCCGCAGACAGUAGUGUAUUAUAAAAACAAAGGAAUUCCUUUGAAACCUACUGUAAGCAAAUUAUUGCAGAAAUGUUUUCUAUAUGUUAUCUUAUCGCUGUGUUGGUCUGAUGAGUGCACCUGGUGGCACCUUGUACCUGACUGACACAAACUGUUCUGGAAGAGAGGCCGAGUGAAAUGCUGACCUGUAAAUGUAUCUUCCUCAAUUUGCAGUCUUAUACAGUACUCAAAGGCUAAACGUAACAUAUUUUCAACUUCUUUUUAUAAACUCUCCAAAAUGCUUCUGUCACUCUCCCAAAACACCCAUAGCAAAAUGUGUUUGUUUUUAGAUAUUCAUUCCACCUGCUCAUAUGGCUUAGGGAAUGGGCUAUAUGUGCUAUGUAUAAGCUUAAGUUGUACAGUAUCAUAACAUUAUCAUAGAGCAGCACACUGUAGGUCAGUAUGUUACCCAUACUAAAUACAUUUAGAAAUAUCAUUAAACAUUGAUGUGCAUGGCAUUUCAUCAUGCUAACUGUCAGAUCAUGCAUCAUAUUGCCUCAUAUUUCAAUGACUGAAGUAAUGGGGACAAAGCCAAUGUUGUCAUUGCAUUUGGACAUGUGACAGCUGCAAAUGAAUAGACACUGAGGAAAUCUGAAGAUGAAAAACUGAAAUACACACAUGCUGUGGUUGUGUUUUGGCUUUUUAUGACAACUCAAGUCUAAAGGGGAGGACACUGUUUUAUUGCACCCACCUGAGAGCAGAAUAUCACAGCAUAACACACACGUGCAAAUACAAUUAAUUCAAAUCAUUGCUCAGCUUUUCUAAUAUUAUCAGUGUGUUGACUGAUGAAGCAACAAGCUUAAAAUAUGGGACAUAUGGCAAUAUGGCGGUGUUGGAAAGUAACUGGAACUGUAUCCAUCUACUCCUGUAUGAUAAAGCAACAUUUUUUUUAAUCCAACAUGAAUAAUACUCCCAUACUGGCACACCACAGUCAACUUUCAUUCAUCAUAAGCAGUGCUUGAUUCCCAUUUAGAUAACCAUCCAAAUGGGAAGCUUUGUUUUCAACAGAAUGUAAAUCAAGCAGCUGUCAUUUUUUGUUGCUAUAAACCAUUUUAAUGAUGGUAAAUGGUAAAAUAAACCAUUUUGAUAAUAGUCAUGUCAUAUCACGAGAAAGCCCAAAGUGAGGUUUGCAUAUAUCUUCCAUAAUAAAAUCACAUGCUGAAAGUUUCACUCACAAUUCAAGUGAUAUUCAUUAUUUCAGUAGAAAAAAAACAUUUGUGUGCUUCAUUUGUUUCAAAAUAACAGCUGUUAAUAAAAUUUAAUUUAAAGAAGCACUGAAAUAAAAAGAUUUUAUCAUUGAAAAAAAGAUCUGUCCUAGGUGACAUGCUUUGGUAGCAAACAUUUUUACCAUGCUAGUCGUCAUACAGUGCUGUAGCUAAGCACAGUCAGGAUGUGUAGCACAACUGCCAGUUAGGACAUUAAUUCAGAAGUGUGAGGGAUUUAACUUCAAUGACCAGAAAUGUAAUGAAUCUGAAAUGUAUAAAUAGAACCAAACCUCUACAGUUAGAUAGAAUAGAACCAAGUACCUGUACAGUUCUUUGGUUUUUAACCAGCAAACAUAAUGGCCUUAUUAAUAGACUCUGAGAAAUGUGAUGAGAAUUAGAAUGUGAUGAUUUGUCCAAAAGUAAAAAACACUUAGACUGUACACCUGGUAGACGGAAGGCGCCUCCCGAUUUAACUUGAGACUUCAUGUCCAGUUUUAAAUGAUUUUGAUAAAGACAAACCAAAGACAAGACAACUAAGUAAAUGUUUACCAUAUGAAUUAGUUAUGAAAAUGCCCUGUGCUGUUAGAUUUUUUCUUAUCAGGCAGGUGACACAGUUAAUCUACUUACUAUCUGAAAUUCAGUCUGUUUUAUAACGUUUCAUUUGAAAGGUUCAUCUAUUUUAGUUGCAACCCUCUAACAUAAGUUAAGUCUAUGAAACACUGCAGCUCAGUGUAUUCUUCUAGAAAGUAUUGAAGUUUCCACUAGCUGCUUCCUGUUUCUGUCCAUGUGUUUAUCGAGCCCCUGUAGAGCUGCAUAUGCGCACACACAAAAGCAUACAGUACAUACACACUCACACUUACAAACAGAUUUCUGCCACCAUGCAGGUAAAUAACAACUGUAAUGACAAAGUGACUGUUAAUCCUCCACCUACUGUAUACUGUGUGUCCUGUCUUGAUUAGAAUUGACCUGCAAGAGACUGUUUGGACUCACUCGGCCUCUGUCCACUGCUUAACUGUAAAAUCUGCCAAUACACUGAGCAACUGCCUGGCAAUAGAUCAAGCAUUCUGCCUGGAAACAAUAAAUAAAGUGAGGCACUUGUUCAUA